AUGUCGACCCAUAGUUUUGUUGCCCACUUUUUGAAGCAAAAUAAUUACUUAGAAACGCUCAAAGCGUUUGAAAAAGAACAUGGAUCACCCAUAUCGACCGAAACCGGCCACGACGAGUCGUUGGAUCAAAUUAUACAGGAUAGAGUCUCAUUUUCCAAAGACUUUGAGAUUCUGGAUUUGCUGUUAAACGACGCAAAUCAAGCCAUUGUGGAUCAAGAGCUUCCCAAUUGGUCGACGCCGUACCCAAGUACGAAAUACAAGCUCAAAGAAGUGACAGGAUUGACUAUUUCUGCCGCAAUUGUGACAGACAAGGUUAUCGCCAGCAGCAACGAUGGAAGUAUUUCAAUUUAUGAUUAUGAAGGAAAUCGGUUGAGUCGAAAAGAACGAUUCUUGGGCGGUGUAGUUGCCAAAUCUGUUGUUAGCGUGGGAAAAAAUGACGUUUUAAUUGUUGGAAUGAAUGGAAAUAUUUACCUUUGUCGUCUUGAAGGUGAUGAAUUGGUCAAAUUAUUUGAUUUGGCGCUACACAAAGGACUUGUAGUGGACUGUGGAUAUGCCGAGGUGAAUCAGAACCGCUACUUUGUUACCAUUGGGUGGGAUAAAAUGGUCAAAUUGGUGAAAAUUUCCAAAGACAAAAUUGAAGAAAUUGCGACCUACAAACUGACGUUGGCAGGUACAUGUAUUGGCGUUUGUGGUUACAAUGGAAGUGUCAUAGUUGUUCUAGGACGAACGGAAAGUACGCUUUUGGACGUUUUGGCAUUGGAAAACCUGGAAAAUAAUGUACCAGAAAUGGUUCCAGUGUACAAAAUCUCACUCAACGAUGCCGAGUUUAUGGCCAAUGGUUUCACACCACGAUGUAUCAGUAUAGCCCAGGGCAAGACAAAACCACUCAUAGCAGUGGCAACGUCUCAGGAACCAUUUAUGAGGGUGAUAAUAGUAUCUUUAUCAAAGGAAGCCAUCGAGUCAAAAGAUAACAAAGUUCGCCGGGGCCAAAUUUUGACGAAUACCAACUCAAUGGCACCCCAAGAUAAGUUUUCGCAGCCGCUUAUUUGCUGGCGCCAACCGCACGCGUCUGGAGUGUGGGCAUUUGGCGAAGAUGGCAUCAUCAGGUGCUUAGAUGUGAAAAAACAGCAGGUAGUUGCAGCCAUUGAUGGGCACAAGGGCCGAGUCAAAUGUGUAGCAAUGGGUACCAAGAUGGUGACAUUUGGAGCAGAUAAGAAAGCCUACAGGUGGACAGAAAAUUGA